AUGCCCUUCCGGUCCAGGAGGGAACGGAUAAUGCUGGCAAAAACCAUGGUGACACGUCGCAUUGUUCGAACCGGGAUUCAGCUAGGCUUACUUGCGUUGAUUGUUCUCCUUCUGCUCUUUAUCUUCGACUACAAGUUAGAAUUCUUGCCCGCUGCAAUCCAUGACCAUUUGCCUGCCCAUCACCCGGGACUUGUUGUUACUGAUGUGACUGUCACGACUUGCUCUUCCCUCAACAUUUUCUCAAGUUGUACGCUCGACCCGGAGGUAUGGCAUCGCAUCGAGAAGGACUUAUACCUGGGGACCAGCUGGACGUCGAGCGCAUAUAUGCACAUACAAAGAAAAAAAGAGGAGGAUCUUCUUCCGACAGAUUCGGUUGUUAUUGACCUAAAAAUUGGCAGAGUUGAUCCUGGUGCCGGUACGGAUAAGAAGUGGGAAGCAAGGCCGGCGGGUAUUUGGCUCUUGAGAACAGACCGAAGUCAUACAGGGGACCCGCAGAAGGUUAUUACCUCAUUGGAUGUCCUUUUCGGUGCCGAUGCUGCGGAUCCCCGAACGGGCUGGGAAGUGAAAGAUACGCCUCUCUUGCUGGAUACUAAAAGUGAAGCGCGUUUGUCUGUCAGACGAGGUCCACCUGCCAAGCUUGAACGGCCGCCUCCGAGAAUUCGAAAAGAUGGGAGAUUCAAGAUAAUGCAGGCGUCGGACCUGCAUUUGAGUACAGGCUUGGGAAAAUGCCGGGAGCCAAUCCCGCAUUUGAAAGAUGAGAGCAAAUGUGAAGCGGACCCUCGCACCCUGGAAUUCCUUGAAAGAAUGCUCGACGAAGAGAAACCUGACUUGGUCAUUAUAUCCGGUGACCAAGUCAACGGCGAUACUGCACCAGAUGCGGCAACUGCGAUAUUCAAACUCGCUGAUAUUUUUGUUAAGCGUCGUAUUCCGUAUGCCGCUAUCUUCGGAAACCAUGAUGAUGAGGGCAAUCUUGAUCGAUCACAGUCUAUGGCCCUCCUGCAACAAUUACCGUACUCUUUAUCAGAGCCUGGCCCAGUCGAUGUCGAUGGCGUGGGCAACUAUAUUGUCGAAGUUCUUGACCAUACUUCAUCUCACUCCGCGUUAAGCCUUUAUCUUCUCGAUACGCACAGUUACUCUCCGGAUGAGCGCAGAUACCGUGGGUACGAUUGGAUAAAACCUAGCCAAAUCGAAUGGUUCAAGUCUAGCUCAGAGAGACUUCAGAAAUCCCACCGCGAAUACCGCUAUAUCCAUAUGAACUUAGCGUUCAUUCACAUUCCACUUCCAGAAUACAGAGACAGAAACAGCGCCUUCUAUGGUAAUUGGACGGAACCGUCAACAGCUCCAAGAUUUAAUUCGGGCUUUAGAGAUGCCCUCGUUAGCGAGAAUGUUGUCGUUGUAAGCUGUGGCCCACCGUCACUGUGGAUGUGCUACGCCGGUGGCGCCGGCUUUGGUGGCUAUGGUGGAUACGGUGGCUACAUCCGACGAGUCCGAUUCUUCGAUAUCAAUAUGAACUCCGCGAGAAUAAUGACCUAUAAGCGGCUUGAGUAUGGCGACACGGCAUCAAAAAUCAACGAGAUGAUGAUUGUGGACGGUGGUAAAGUGGUCCAGUCCGAUUAG